CCGCGCGGAGGGGGGCGGGCGCAGCGGCCGCGGCACCGGAGCCCUCCCGGCGUCCCCCGCGGUGACCCCUGACCCCGCUCCCGGCCGGGCCCGGCCCGGCCCUGCGAUCCCCGCCCCGGCCAUGGAGGCGGCCGCAGACCCGGCCCCGGCGGGGAAGCGGAGGCGGUUCACGCUGCGGCAGGAGGGUCCCGCCGACCCCGCGGUCCCGUCGCUCUUCAAACCCUCCGCGGCUCGCCCUGAGCCCCCUCCCGUGCUCCCCCCGCCGCCCCCGGGGCCCAGCUCCUACGCCGAGUACGUGGUGCAGCAGUCGGCCGCCCCCGGAGCCGCCGAACCGCUCCCGGCUUCACCCCGGCCCUCCCCGGCCCCCGAGCCUGACGGCCCGCCGGAGGGGGGCGUACCGGGCGGGGGCGGCCCCGGGGCCGUGCCCCCCCUGCCCGUGCUCAAGCCGGGUGCCAAGAGCAGCGGCAUCGUCGUCAGCCCGCGGCAGCGGGGCAACCCGGUGCUGAAGUUCGUCCGCAACGUCCCCUGGGAGUUUGGUGACAUUGUCCCUGACUACGUCCUGGGCCAGAGCACCUGCGCCCUCUUCCUGAGCCUGCGGUACCACCACCUCCACCCCGACUACAUCCACGACCGCCUGCGGCAGUUGGGCAGGAGCUACGGGCUGCAGCUGCUGCUGGUCCAGGUCGACGUGAAGGACCCGCACCAGGCGCUGAAGGAGCUGGCGAAGGUCUGCAUCCUGGCUGACUGCACCCUCCUGCUGGCCUGGAGCCCCGAGGAGGCCGGGCGGUACCUGGAGACCUACAAGGCCUACGAGCAGAAGCCACCCGACCUGCUGAAGGAGCGGGUGGAGCAGGAUUUUCUCUCCCGGAUGACCGACUGCCUGACCAGCGUCAAGUCGGUCAACAAGACGGACGCGCUGAGCCUCCUCACCGCUUUCGGGUCGCUGGCAGCCGUGGUGGGUGCCUCCAGGGAGGACCUGUCCCUCUGCCCCGGCGUCGGGCCCCAGAAGGCCAAGCGGCUCUUCGAUGUCCUGCACGAGCCCUUCCUCAAGGUUCCCAAAUGAGCGGCUGCGCAAAAAUCUGGUUUUUAUAAUAAAUGGCAUUUAUCGAU